AGGGGGUGGGGGGCGGUGCCGAUCGGGCCUUAAAGGGUGAAACGGCGGAGGCUGGACCAGAAUAGCGAACCCCUGCGACCUCUGGCACGCAGUGGUGCGUCGAGUGCGCCUGCGUCAGCCGCGGCCACCGCAGGUUCUGAAAUAUGAAUCUUUCACUCUUUCUGACUGCCCUUUGCUUGGAAAUAGCCUCAGCUGUUCCAAAGUUUGAUUCAAGUUUAGAUGAACAAUGGAACCAGUGGAAGUCAAAGUACCCAAGACUAUAUGGCGCGAAUGAAGAGGAUUGGAGGAGAGCAGUGUGGGAGAAGAAUAUGAAAAUGAUCGAACUGCACAAUCGGGAAUACAGCGAAGGGCAACAUCGUUUCACAAUGGGAAUGAAUGCCUUCGGUGACAUGACCAACGAAGAAUUCAGGCAGGUGAUGAAUGGCUUUCAAAACCAGAAACACAAGAAUGGGAAAAUGUUCCAUGAAUCGCCCUCUGUGGAGGUCCCCAAGUCUGUGGAUUGGAGGGAUAGAGGCUAUGUGACUCCUGUGAAGAAUCAGGGUCGUUGUGGUUCCUGUUGGGCCUUUAGUGCAACUGGUUCCCUGGAAGGACAGGUGUUCCAGAAAACUGGCAGACUUGUUUCACUCAGUGAGCAGAACCUGGUGGACUGCUCUCGGCGCGAAGGCAAUAACGGCUGCAAUGGCGGCCUAAUGGACAACGCUUUCCAGUAUGUCAAGGACAACAAAGGCCUUGAUUCAGAGGAAUCCUAUCCCUAUAAUGGAAGGGACACAGACAACUGUCACUACAGGACCGAGUGUUCAGCUGCCAACGUCACUGGCUUCGUAGACAUCCCUCCGCGGGAGAAGGCCCUUAUGAAAGCAGUGGCAACUGUAGGUCCUAUCUCUGUUGCUAUUGACGCAGGCCAUACAUCCUUCCAGUUCUAUAGAUCAGGCAUUUAUUAUGAGCCAGACUGCAGCAGCAGAGACCUGGAUCAUGGGGUCCUGGUGGUUGGCUAUGGCUUUGAAGGAACAGAUUCAGAUAACAAUAAAUAUUGGCUCAUCAAGAACAGCUGGGGUACAAGCUGGGGUUCAAAUGGCUACGUGAAGAUGGCCAAGGACCAGAAUAACCACUGUGGAGUUGCCACCGCAGCCAGCUAUCCCACCGUGUGACCUGACGCGUGGUGAUAACGAAGGACUCGGGGACGGCAUAUCAGAGGAUUUCAUUUUAAAACUGACUGACCCUUAUUGUGUGGGAUGAAACACUUGAAUCGUUGAGGAUCCAAGUGGCAUUUUGAAUUCUGUGACAUUUUUACAAUGGUAAAAUGUUACCACUACUUUAAUUCCUGCUGUAAACAGCUUUGUAAUAUUGAACACUUGUUGCUUCAUGCUAAGACUUUUGAACUUCCAUUUUUUGAAAGGAUGUAUAAAGUUUUACCUUUUGAAGUAAAAUUUAAUUCAGUAUGUGGA